AACCACCCACCCACGCCCCCUCCAUCCACGCCCCCUCCACACCGUCGCACACACGGACAAGCACCAAGCAGAGGGAAAAGAGACGCGUCUCCCUCCAUUCAGUGUGCAAACACGCGGAAUUCAGGGAGAGAUGACGGGGGGCGGCUGGGGCGCAACCGGACUGCUUCUGUUCGCGGUUUGGGUCAAGGUUGGCGUGUGGGCUAACAACGGAGAUGCGGUGUUCAUCCGAGAGUUCGCCCUAAUUCGUCGAGACCAUUUCUCAGAAGAGCCUCUCCACGACACCAGCCAAAAACCCGAAGAUCCGAGCUCUCGGACGGCCCGUUCCGAAGAGGACCGAGACACUCUGUGGGACGCCUGGGGCUCGUGGAGCGAAUGUUCCCGUACCUGCGGAGGAGGAGCGUCGUAUUCCCUCCGACGAUGCCUCAGUUCCAAGACCUGCGAAGGGCAGAAUAUCAAAUAUCGCACAUGCAGUAAUGUGGAUUGUCCGGUGGACGCCGGAGACUUCCGGGCGCAGCAGUGUUCAGCCCACGCCGACGUGCGCUUCCAGGGCCAGUACCACGAGUGGCUGCCCGUGUACAACGACCCGAACAACCCGUGCGCACUCAAGUGCAAAGCCAAGGAAUCCGGACUGCUGGUGGAGUUGGCGCCCAAGGUUCUAGACGGGACGCGUUGCUACACCGAGUCGUUAGACAUGUGCAUCAGUGGCGUGUGCCAGAUUGUCGGCUGCGAUUUAGAGUUGGGGAGCGCGGCCAAAGAAGACAACUGCGGCGUCUGCAAUGGCGACGGCUCCUCGUGCAGGCUGAUGCGAGGGCACUACAAAUCCCAGCAUGCCUCUGGAAAAACGGAGGACACGGUCGUCGUCAUCCCCUUCAAGAGUCGACAAGUACGUCUGAUCCUAAAAGGCCCGGAUCACUUGUAUGUGGAGAGUAAAACUCUGCAAGGGGUGAAAGGUCAACUUAUCUUGGAUAAAUCAGGCCAGUACCAACUGGAAAACACCACCUUGGACUACCAGAAACUCUCCGAUAAGGAAGUCCUCCGAAUUCCAGGGCCGCUCGGGGCUGAUUUCACCAUCCAGGUCCAGUUUGCAAGUGGACCAGACAGUGUCACCCAGUACAUAUUCUACCAACCCAUCGUCCACCGCUGGAGGGAAACUGACUUCUUCCCUUGCUCUGUCACUUGUGGUGGCGGGUACCAGCUGACGUCCGCAGAGUGCUUCGACCUGCGUGGCGGCCGAGUGGUGGCGGACCAAUACUGCCAUUAUUACCCGGAGAACAGCAAGCCCAAACCCAAACUGCAGGAGUGCAACUUGGAGCCCUGCUUGGCCAGCGACGGCUACAAGCAGAUCAUGCCGUAUGACCUCUACCACCCCCUGCCUCGAUGGGAGAGCGGCCCUUGGACGGCCUGCUCCACUUCCUGCAACGGGGGCACCCAAAGUCGCUCGGUUUCCUGCGUGGAGGAAGACAUGCAGGGGAUCGUCAGCGCCACUGACGAGUGGAAGUGCCUUUACGCCCCCAAGAUGGCCGUCUUGCAACCCUGCAACACCUUUGAGUGCCCCACCUGGAUGGCCCAGGAGUGGUCACCUUGCACUGUGACAUGCGGUCAGGGUCUGCGCUACCGGGUGGUGCUCUGCAUGGAUCACCGAGGGCUCCACGCAGGAGGCUGCGACCCCACCACCAAGCCCCACAUUAAGGAGGAGUGCCUGGUCACUGUGCCUUGCUACAAAGCCAUCGAUACACUCCCGGUGGAGGCCAAACCGCUGUGGCAUAAGCAGGCCAUCGAGCUGCACGAGGAGACGCUUGUGACCGAGGAGCCAAACUUCAUCCCCGGCGCUUGGCAGCCUUGCAGCAGAACGUGCGGCACCGGGACUCAGCGGCGCACAGUCAAGUGCCGAGUCUUGCUCUCCUUCUCCCAGACCGUGGCCGACCUCCCCGACGAAGAAUGCAAAGGCGUCAAACCUGCGCUGAGUCAAGCCUGCCACCGGAUUCCCUGCCACAUGUCAGAAGGCAACGAUGAGCAGCAGGAGGAGGAAGAGGAGGGCUCGGAGGAGGAGAACCUCGAGGGAGAGGAGCUUCACGAAUGGGAAUACGACGGCUUCACCGAGUGUUCCAAGAGUUGCGGAGGCGGUGUGCAGGAAGCCGUGGUCAUCUGCCUGAACAAGCAGACCAAGAUGGCGUCGGCAAACCAGAGUUUGUGCGUGAGCGCCCGCAGGCCCCCGCCGCUCCUCCUGGACUGUCAAACGCAGCCUUGCCCCCCCAGGUGGGAAGCAGGGGGGUGGAGCCAAUGCUCCGCUUCCUGUGGGGUCGGCCUGAUGUCCCGCACCGUAGCGUGCGCUCGCCGUCCGUCCGUGGGGAGCAACAGCACGGAGGUUCUGCCAAAUGAAAACUGCCACGAUCCAAAACCAAACCCCAUCCAGGCUUGCAACCGCUUCGACUGCCCCCCCACGUGGGAGACGCAGGAAUGGGGGAAGUGCUCCAGUCGUUGCGGGAAUGGAGUCGAGAGGAGACGGGUGGUGUGCAAACAGCGCUUGGCCGACGGAAGCUUCCUGGAGUUGCCAGACUCCUUUUGUCCCGCCAAGGUGCCGGCCAGCCAGCGGCUUUGUAGCACAGAGCAGCGCUGCCCGCCCCAGUGGGUCACCAGCUGGUCCCAGUGUUCGGCGACUUGCGGAAAUGGGAUGCAAAGACUGGAGGCAGUCUGCAUGAAGCAAGGCGAGGACGGACAGUAUCACACGGUCGCUCCAAACAAUUGCUCCUCUCUUGGACGGCCCACCAGGAUCCGACCGUGCUCUCUCAGACUCUGCAAGAAUUCGCUAAAAACGGAGUCUACCAUCCUGGCUCGGAGGAAUGUUUAUGUUCAAUGGAGGAGGAGUAAAAGGGUCCAUUUGAUGGCUGGCGGCACCGCCUAUCUUCUCCCCUGGACAACUGUGGUCCUUCGCUGUCCAGCCCGCCAUAUCCGCAAAGCAAAUAUCCAAUGGUUGAAAGAAGGGAAGCCCCUGGCGACACCUCUGGGGUUAGUGAAGAUCCAGCAGGUCGGCCCGUCUGAUGCCGGGACGUACACCUGCGUGGCGGGCCGGGUUAAAGAACAUUUGGUCCUACGGGUCAUUGGGGGCAAGCACAAGUUGCGUAGACCGGAAGCGACGGGGGCACAGGAGCCCUCAGUGUCGCCUGAUGGGUAUGACGACAUUGUUGAGCGCUUGCUCCAGCUCAAGGUUGAGAAGAACAAGACCACCUCGGAAGACAGGCGAGAUCUUCUCGAUAUCCCCGAUGUCAUCGUUCUCGAUAGUCGGAGGCUGGAUGAGCUCGGCAGCCUCGGAGGAAAGCAAGGCGAGCGAGCCGUCGCUCAGUUAGUCGACGAGCUGUCCGUUUCCCACCACGGGACCAAUGAGUCAACUCGUCACCAUCCAGAAAUGGAAUCAAACCCAAAAAGCCAGCCGAGCAGGUACAGAAGCCCGGUGAUCAUCCAGAGCCCCUGGAAAGUCAGAGCGGGAUCGUCUUCGGACGCGAGCGUCAACGUCGGGCGACCGAUUUUGCUGCGGAAACCGUAUGUCAGUUUGGAGAUCAGAUGUGAGACUCUCGGUUACCCGGAACCAUCCCUAACCUGGACCAAAAAUGGAAAACCGUUGCGUUCCGAUCGCAGAAUAGACAUGUUGCCCGGCGGCUCGCUAAGGAUCCGCUCUCCGAACCUGUCCGACGAGGGUCUGUACACCUGCACCGCCAGAAACCGGCUGGGGUCUUCCUCACGCUCGUCUUGGUUGCAGAUUACAGGAAGCGGAGGAAGAAACUGCGUCCAAGCUGAUGGCUACUUUUGCCCUGAUAGGAGCAACAGCACCAUCCAGUCAGCUGCCCACAGUCGUUGGCGCGCGGACCCUUGGGCGGCGUGCUCAGCCAGCUGCGGCGGCGGGUCCCAGACCAGACGAGUGCGUUGCGUGGACGGCCCCGAGGGCGGCUCGACGGAGGUGGAGCAGCGGCGCUGCUUCGGCGCGGGGCGGAAACCCUCCGACAUCAGGACGUGCAACGUUUUGCCCUGCGUCGCUUGGGCUACGAGCAACUGGGGAUUGUGCAGUGGUCAAUGCCUGGGUCCAGGUUUGGCUGCACAGCACCGCAAUGUUUUCUGCCUAGACACAAAUGGCACCAAAGUCCCUUCCAGGAUAUGCGGCGGACUCAGACGGCCGAGCUCCACGAGGAACUGCACGGCGGACGCUUGCGCUCCGCGCUGGCGAGUCGGCCCGUGGACGCAGUGCACGGCCACCUGCGGCCGACACGGCUUCCAGUCGCGCCGGGUGGCGUGCACGAGGCGACCCGGCGGGAGCUGCUCGCGGAGGCCUCGUCCCGCCAGCUGGCAGCGCUGCAAUACGGUGUCCUGCGGCAGAGCCGCCGGAGAGUGCCGCGACAGCACCCGGUACUGCGAGAAGGUGCGGCAGUUGGAGUUGUGCACACUUCCACAGUUUAAAAGUCGCUGCUGUCACUCGUGUCUCAACACCUGAUGGGCGGGGCACGUCGGAUGCCAUCAAAGACCUCCCCGCUGCAGGCAUUGAUGAACAGAGGGACAUGUCGUACGAUGGAUGUUUUCAGAUGAUGUGAUGUGAGAACCACUGGAAAGGAUUUGAAACACAAUUUCCAAAGCAUUUUGGGUCUGCCAAAAAAAAAAGCCUCCAAUCUGAUAUUUGAAUUGACAAAUUGAAUUGGAUGGGAGUUUGAACUGAAUGUUGCACUCAUGACUGAAGCAAACACACAAUGGGAGGAAACAGGAAAAAGAAAUAUUUUGCACUCGAAACUCAACAAAAGUCUUUGUUAAAAACAUGACUUGUUGAUGUUUUUUAUGUUACAUUUAUAUAUUUUGCUUUGUAUUUUUUAAAAGGUAUUUAUCUUCAGUAUAUGUCUAGUUUAACCACUUUUUUUAUGCUUUUGCACAUUUAGUCGUGACAUGCCCACAUGUUGUCGCCAACUUUUAAUUCUUCCUUUUGGCUCCCAGGUGACAAGAAAGCACAAUGCUGGAAAAACAGCAAUUUUGAAGCAUCAGUAAUGUUUCUUUUUGAAUUCUUGAUUUUUUUCGUUCUAACAUACAUUUUUGAUUGAUUAUUUAUUCACCGGAUUGGCACUUUUGGAUUUGAGUGCAACAUGUUGGUAUUUUGAGAUGCAAUUGUUUGAUUUUAUGAGAAGAAACCGUCAUCAACAUAUCAAGUAUAUGCUUCAGUUGUGUAGAUAUGUAUUUUGUCUUAUUUAUUUCCAUGCGUGUCUCUGUGUACAGUUUUGUAAAUAAAUAAAAUGGUUGGAAUUGA